UUUCGCGUUCCAGCCAGGCGGAGUUCAGAACAUAAAACAUUUGUUCAGCUUCUCCACCGCUCCACUCGUUCAUAUAUGUGAACGGAGAUAGGAAUAUAGUCUUUCUGUGCCCCGCCUUGGAUGAGUACCAACUGGAUGGGAUAUCUAUGUUUUGAGGCGCUCUUACAUUUUGAACGUUUUGUGGGCUUAUUAUACGCAGCAUUUUUUUCUCCCAGUGAAAGCGCUCCCGGGACAGGAGAGACUUCUGGUUUGAAGCUACUUUAGUUUCCUUUUUUUAACCCCUCGUCUUAUUAUAGGGGUGCAUGCAAUGUCACGGACUAUCAAAAAGAGAAAGAAAUGUUUCUGAUUAGUUUGGUUGUAGGCGUAUUACAGUGCAAACUUAUUACUUUUAAAACCAGUUGAGUAACUGGCGAAAGGACUCUAUAAUCAAUGUGGUGUCAGCUGGAAGGACGAGGGGUCCGGAUCUCACCUAAAAGCUGAUACGUCUUGGGAGUGAUGCACUGGCUUCCCCUGGUUGCCAUGGUGAUUGCCUCGGCCCUGCCCUUCCCUCACAACCCAGUGUCCAGCGCUGCUGUAACGAUCACACAGCCUGACUCUGACCACCACAGAGAGCAACGUCGGGACCCAGCAGUUGGCCUCGCAACCCCUCCUGUGGACUACAACCUCAGAGGAAAUGCCUCACAAACGGACCACAACAGACAGAACCUCCACAACCAAAAGGAUUAUGCACAGACUUCCACAUUCAAACUGGAGAAUCAAAUAACCUACCAAUCACAACUCAACUCAGACAGAGAUGACAAAACUGGUGUCAUUCCUGCUGAAGAAGGAGCUUUCAGGACUGAGGACAUUUCUGAGGAUAAUUUCCUACCAAAUGACUAUAAAGCUAACAGCAGAAGCAGGCAAGAUUACUCUAAAUAUGUAGACUUUUCUAAGGACACUUCUCAAGACUCCACAGUACAAAACCAUGAUUUUGUUAGUCCUGCUACUAUAUUAAAGGGUCAAGGAAAACCAGAACCAUCACAAUCUUCAGAGGAUCUGAGACAUGCACCGACAAUCAUGACAAAGAGCCAGGGGACACUGGGGACCAGAACUGGUCCAACUGAAGAGAGUCUGAACAUGGGGGCAGGACAAAGGGUGAGAAUGGACAGCCUCCUGGAAGGAAACGAGCUGUUUCUGAACGCACAUCCUCGAGUUCUGUUCUCACCUUCCUCUUUGCCCCCAGAAGACCCACCCUUACUGCUCAUGUUGGAGAGUGGCCUGCUGGAGGAAGAUGGGAAUAGAGAAGAACAGGAAGACACUUACGGACACAUCGAGGGUCAUGGCGACCACGCAAUUGACAGGAGUUACUCCAAAGUAAACAGUAAGGAGGCUGUCCAUCAUGUUAAAAGAGACAAACGCUCACACUUGAUGGACAGAAGGCGAGGGGAGAAGUCUGUAUGUGAGUCAGUAAGUGUUUGGGUUACUGACAAAGAGACCGCCACCGACUCAGAAGGAAAGAAUGUCACUGUCUUAAAGGAAAUCCAGACGCAGGCAGGACCUAUCAAACAGUUCUUUUUUGAGACCCGCUGCGUCCAGGCGGAGCAGCAGCACAGUGAUAGCAAUAGGACAAAGGGGGCGGUGGUGAGACCCGUGGCCACCGGCUUAGCCGGGGCCGGAUGCUUAGGCGUAGAUAAAAAACAGUGGGUGAGCGAGUGUAAACCCAAGAAGUCAUUCGUCCGAGCACUCACCAAAGAUGCAAACAACAAAACCGGAUGGAGGUGGAUCCGAAUAGACUCGUCCUGCGUAUGCGUGCUGCUGUCCAGAACAAAUCAGGGGAGGAGGGUCAUGCCGAAGAAGGGAAGAGGCUAAGACGGAUGGGAGGGAGGAGGACAGCGAUAGAUUGCAGGAUGUAGAAAGUGACACAGAGCAGAUCAGCUGUGACAUCAGAGCACUUUCCCUUGCUGGCGUGGGUUUCCAGAGACAUGUUGAAAGCUCGUCCACUCUUUGUCCACAUGCCUCUCGGUCUAUCCCUCCCUCCACCACAGCUUCAGAUGACUAUUGCAAAUAGAAUAAAAAAAAAAAAAAACAAGAAGACCUCAAUACUAGAUCUUAGGGAAAUUGUUACACAGAGAUUUUACAAUAAGUACUGUUUUUGUCUAUAAUCUAUCUUUCAUUAUCUAAGUUAUUUUUGAUUAGUAUGUAAGCAUGUGUAUGUCUUUCAUAUUAAUAUAUUCCUUUAUAUGUGUGUAUAAUAUGACACCAGUAUACCUUUAUAUAUGAAGCUAUGUAUAUCAGUGUGUAUUUAUAGAAGACGUGUUCAUGCAGUAGUCAGUAUCUUCAGUGUCUGAUGAUAAUUCCAGCCUUUUCUCCUCUCGAGUUGUAAAAGCAAGGAGCGCCACCUACUGAGGUUUCUUUUCACUGCUCCGACUACUCUACAGUGUGGAUGAAUGCUGCAGCAAUGGAAAUGUAUUCCAUGUGAUUACAGCAUUGGCACGUUUUAACACAGUGUCAGUCAGGCGAACGAUUUUUGGCAGGAUACUUUGAUAAUUGUGGCUCAUAAAUCUAAAACCAUGUGAUUUGUAAAUUAUAAAUGAUCUAAAGAAGCUACAAUCUGCUUGUUUGUUCAGUUGACCUGCCAAACAUGAUAAUAAAGGAUCUUUGUAUUA